GCGCUGCCCAGUUGUUGUCCAGUUGGUGUCGUACCGUAGACAUCAUGACUCGUGUUUUCACUCCGAUCUUGGUCCUACAGCUGGUAUUGGCCACCACCCACGCGGCCGUUGUACGUCAGUUUCCGCCCUUCGAGCAGCAGCAAAAGUUGAUCGAAAACCCCAAUCUGCGUUUAGCUGUGCCUGCUCAAGAGGAGACCUAUCGGUUGCCCAAUAACACGGAGCCGUUGGAAUAUAAUAUCGAUCUAACCACGAAUGUGCACAAAGGCGAAACAGAAUUUCAAGGAACUGUGAUCAUUAGCCUAAAAGUUCUAGAACCUAGCACAGAUAUUGUGGUGCAUGCACGGCAACUGGAGAUAUUGACGGUGACAAUACGAAAGUCCAAUGCUGCUGAGUCAACUGCAGUACCGCUAGACGUCGAAGAAGAUAAAGACCGAGAGUUCUUGAAGCUAUCCGCGCAGGAUCUAACCUUUGAGCAGGAUACCACCUGGCUGUUGACUAUUAAGUACAAGGGCAACCUGCGCACGGACAAUGGCGGCUUCUACCUGUCCUCGUACACUGAUGAGACCGGUGCUACCAAAUACUUGGCCACCACUCAGUUCGAGAGCACCGAUGCCCGUCACGCUUUCCCUUGCUAUGAUGAGCCAGCGAAGCGAGCCAACUUUACGAUUACCAUACACCACGAUCCCAGCUACAAUGCCAUCAGCAAUAUGCCAGUGGAUGCGUCCAAAACGAGCACUGGAACCACGGCUUUCCAGUCCACAGUAAAAAUGUCUAGUUAUCUGGUGGCCUUCAUUGUAUCGGAGUUUGUGUAUUCGGAGGGUGAGCUUAACGAUCUACCCCAGCGAGUCUUCUCGCGUAAGGGCACCGAGCAUGAGCAGGAAUGGGCUUUGACCACUGGCAUGUUAGUCGAAAAACGUCUCUCCGGAUAUUUCGACGUACCUUUUACUCUACCCAAGCUGGAUCAGGCGGCUAUACCCGACUUUGCUGCUGGCGCCAUGGAAAACUGGGGCCUAGCCACAUAUCGUGAGGAGUAUCUGCUGUAUAAUGUCGAAAAUUCUACAAUAAAUACACAGACGAACAUUGCGACCAUUGAGGCUCAUGAGGAUGCACAUAUGUGGUUCGGUGACCUGGUUGCCAUUGAAUGGUGGAGCUAUCUCUGGCUUAAAGAAGGUUUUGCCACACUCUUCGAGAACUUGGCUAUCGAUUUGGCCUAUCCGGAAUGGGACAUAUUCCAAACCUUCCAUACUGGAUCGUAUCAAGGAGCCAUGAACGUCGAUGGUAAUCCCGCAGUACGUCCGAUGACCUACCAUGUUGAGAAACCUUCGGAAAUUUCACUGCUCUAUGACUCAAUUGCGUAUGCCAAGGCGGGUUCUGUGUUGGACAUGUGGCGUCAUGCUCUGACCAACACCGUUUUCCAGCGGGGUCUGCACAACUAUCUAGUGAAAAAGGCUUACUCCGCUGCCAAUGAGACGGAUCUGUUCGAUGCCAUUUCAUUGGCCGCUCGCGAAUUGAACUAUCCAGUGCAAGCUCCCGUGGGAGAUAUGCUGACCAGUUGGACCCGCCAAGGUGGAUUGCCGCUGCUGACUGUGGAGCGCAACUAUAACGAUGGCUCUUUCACUAUCAAGCAGCAACAGUACACCACCAACAAGGACGUAGAGACAAGCAAAUCCUGGUACGUGCCAGUGAAUUACGCAGUGCAAUCGAAUCCUGAUUUCCGUCAGACCGAGGCUACUCACUAUCUGAUCAAGGAGAAGGACUUGGGCAUCAUUGAUGCCAAGCUGAAGAGCGAUGAAUGGUUGAUACUAAACAAACAGUCUACGGGCUACUAUCGCAUCAAUUACGAUGCCCGCAACUGGCAGCUGAUCAGUGAGGGCUUGGCCGAUCGUCCGUACAAGAUCCAUCCGCGUAAUCGGGCCCAGCUUAUUGACGACGCGUACCGCUUCGCCACUAGCGGUCGCUUGGCACAUGGUGUGCUUCUGCAGCUGCUCACUUACCUGCCACAGGAAAACCAAUAUGCACCAUGGUCGACUGCCAACGUCGUGAUCAGUCUUUUCAAUCGGUAUCUGAGCGGUGAUGGAUCCUACGACAAUUUCAAAUUCUAUGUUGCUGCAUUGGUCAGCGAUCAAUUCGACAAAUUUGGCGUGAACGACAUCAACGGAGAGCACCACUUGACCAAGUUCACCCGCAAUGUGGUCAUCAAUAUAGCCUGCCUGGCUGGCUUGAAAACCUGUCUGGAUGAGACACAUGCUAAGCUAUUCGCUUUGGUCGAGCAAGGCACUCCAAUUCAACCCAAUCUACAGAUGCCCGUCUACUGCAAUGGUCUCAAGCAAGCCGACGACCAAGUCUUCGACUUUGUCUACGACAAACUAAUGACUUCAACGAAUCAGGCGGAGCGUCGUCUGCUCAUCUCCGCACUGGGCUGUGCUCAGGAUGAGAAGCAACUGCACAAGUAUGUGUCCAGUAGCAUUGAUCUGACUAACCAGCUGCUCAUUCAGGAGCGCUAUACGCUGCUUAGUCCAACCUACUCCCGUGGACCAGUGGGCCUGAAUGUGUGCAUUGAUUUCCUGCUCAACAAUUGGGAGGCAUAUGCCAAGUUGAAUGCUGGCUUUGGAGGCGUUAAUCCUCUCUACUCUGAUAUUUUGGGCAUGUCCGCCUAUGUGGUCAACGACAGUCAAAGGGCAAAGCUGCAGGAACUUGUCGAUGCGGUGAAAAACUCCGUAUAUGUGCCCGAAACACUUCAGGCCAGCGUAGAUACUACGGUUGACGCUAACAUGGCUUGGCUGGCGACCAAUCGGGGGCCCAUCAUGUCGUGGGUAACGUCCUUCCGUAACAGCAGUCCCGCUUUGACAGCAUCUGUGUUGGCCAUAGCGCUUUGCCUUUUCGUUGCCAAAUUGUUCUAGAAUGUUUAUAGUAAGAAUUACUAAGUUAGUUUAAGGUACGACUACCUCGAUUGACCAAAUUGUUUCUGAAAUGAUCGUUUCUCAAUAAAAAUGUUCAAAUUAA